AUGGCCCCUAAGACCGGAGGUGCCGAAGCUACGUGGCUCGUUUGGUGUUUCGAGCAUUGCUUGAAGCCCGAGCAGGCCGUAGUACGUAAGGAGUUGGCGGCUCUUGCGACCAGGUUCGGAUGCAAGUUGGUGUGGCACAAGAAAUCCAUGAGCUUUCUCAGAUGGCUGGAGGGCAGGAAGGGGAGCAUACUGCUCGUCGCAGAUUGGCGAGAAGCCAAGCCCAUCACAGAGGAGAUCAGCAAGCAAAACAGGGGCCAUGACUUGCGCUUGUGUGUCGUCGCACAAACAGCAACGAUCCUUCGCCGAGCAUCCUUCUGGGCACGCGCUCAGAAUGGAUGUGCAGAGAUCAUGGUGACGCCGGGCUUCUUGCGACACAAAGUGGAGGAGUUGAUCGCAAGCUAUGUGCAGGUUGUGCAGGCCAAGCGCAUCGCAGAGCCGGCUAUGAGGACAUGUGCUGAGAUCACCGUGAGGUCUACAGACGAAUGGUUGUCCCUCUCCAGCCUUCUUGAAGCCGUAAAUGACCCCAUGCGGGCUCUUGGACUUGAGAAGCUCAUUCGUCAAACGAUGUGGCAACUCUACGAGGACUGA